GCCUCCUAGUUUUCACCAAAAUGGCGUCCAAGAUACUACGAUCUUCGCUAAAGUUAGGACAGAAUUUAUCAAAACCCAGCAAGCCCCUGUCUGGAAGUUACCUCCCAAAAAGAUGGCAAAGUGCAGUAACUUACGAGCAGGCUAUGUUAAACAUACCUGAAACACAAGUGUCUACGAUCAACAACGGACUCAGGGUUGCAUCAGAGGAUACCGGAUCUCCAACUUGCACAGUUGGUUUAUGGAUUGAUGCUGGUAGCAGAUAUGAAACUGAGAAAACCAAUGGGGUUGCCCACUUUUUAGAGCAUAUGAUUUUCAAGGGUACGGAUAAACGAUCCCAAAAGGAUUUAGAACUUUAUAUUGAAAAUAAAGGAGCUCAUCUUAAUGCGUAUACAUCCAGAGAACAAACUGCUUAUUAUGCUAAGGGUUUUACCAACGAUCUUGAAAAUAUCGUGGAAGUUUUGGCUGAUAUCAUUAAGAAUAGUAAACUUGGGGAAACCGAAAUCGAUAAUGAACGCGGAGUCAUUUUGCGCGAAAUGCAAGAAGUCGAAAUGAACUUACAAGAAGUCGUUUUUGACUUCUUACAUGCAACCGCCUACCAGGGAACACCUUUGGGUAGAACCAUUUUAGGACCUACUGAAAAUAUUAACAGUAUCAAGCGACAAGACUUGAUAGACUAUAUCACCACCCACUACAAACCACCAAGAAUGGUUUUGGCUGGUGCAGGAGGUGUUAAUCAUGCCGAUUUGAAAAGCUUAGCACAAAAGCACUUUGGCAAUAUUAGUAAUGAUAUACAAGGCGCCGUUCCAGUUGUCGAGCCUUGCCGAUUCACCGGCAGUGAAAUGAGAGUUAGAGAUGAUGAUAUGCCUUUAGCUCACAUCGCCAUAGCUGUUGAAAGUUGUGGAUGGGCAAACAGUGACAAUAUUGCGCUUAUGAUUGCCAAUACCCUUCUAGGAUCGUGGGAUAGGUCUCAUGGCGGUGGUCAAAAUCUUAGUUCUAUUCUAGCUCAGAAAUGUGUACAAUCCGGCUUAGCACACAGUUUCCAAAGUUUCAAUACAAGCUAUACAGAUACUGGAUUGUGGGGAAUGUAUUUUGUUUGCGAUAAAUUGAGUAUCGAAGAUUUUGUUUUCAACUUGCAGAAGGAAUGGAUGCGUUUGUGCACAUCUGUAACCGAAUUCGAAGUAGAACGGGCAAAGAACUUGCUUAGAACACAUUUAAUGCUAAUGCUCGAUGGUUCGACACCAGUUUGUGAGGAUAUAGGCCGUCAAAUCUUGUGUUACGGAAGACGCAUCCCACCAUCCGAAUUAGACGCCCGUAUUGCAGCUAUCAAUGCACAAACUGUACGAGACGUCUGUACAAAAUACAUAUAUGACAAAUGCCCAGCAGUAGCCGCUGUAGGUCCAGUCGAACAAUUACCGGAUUAUGGUAGACUUCGAAGCAGCAUGUACUGGUUAAGAUUGUAGGAAGCCAAAAAAAAAGAUGAAUAACUGAUUGUUAAAGCGUGAAAUGAAAGUAGCACAUAUAUGUGAUGUCCCUACAAUACAAGGCUAUUAGCUAAUUUAAAAUUAUUUGAAUGCUAUAACGUCUGCUAAACAUUGCAAUCAAAUAAACAUCACAAAGAAUAACAUCUAUAAUUAUUACAGAUUAUCAAUAAAUAUAAAUAUUAUUUCGCUUAUAAUAAUCUCUAAA